GCAGAGGGGGGUGGAGGACACUGAAUGGAGGCCAGUGGAGGGAUUGGCAGAGAGGGGUGGAGGACACUGAGUGGAGGCCAGUGGAGGGAUUGGCAGAGGGGGGUGGAGGACACUGAAUGGAGGCCAGUGGAGGGAUUGGCAGAGGGGGUGGAGGACACUGAGUGGAGGUCAGUGGAGGGAAUGACAGAGGGGGGUGGAGGCCAGUGGAGGGAUUGGCAGAGGGGGAUGGAAGCCAGUGGAGGGAUUGGCAGAGAGGGGUGGAGGACACUGAGUGGAGGCCAGUGGAGGGAUUGGCAGAGGGGGGUGGAGGACACUGAGUGGAGGCCAGUGGAGGGAUUGGCAGAGGGGGGGUGGCGGAUACGGAGCGCAGGCCAGUGAGGAGGGAGUUGCAGUAGUCGAGUCGUGAUAUGAUGAGGGAG